AUGAUAGAAGCUAUACUGAAGAUAAAGGCCUGGGGAAUAAUGCAAAAAUGCAAGUCUAUUAAAACCACUGAUAAUCUUCUGAAAUACGACGCCCCAAAAGACUACAUAAACAUACUAAACCACAUAUUCGGGAGCGGUAACAUAGAAGUAGAAUGUGCAGCUGGCGCUGAAGAAGCGAGUGCUAUCGCUGCUAUGGUUAAGAAUAGAAUUCGCCAGUACUUUGCAUACAACUCGUACGGCGUGGCAAUUAUGAACAAUUUAUACAGCGAAUUGAAGGGUGGAAACGAGGAAGAAAUUGCAUAUUGGGCUAUCUGUCUAAUCAAUGAAGCUAUAAGACAAAACACGCUUAUAUACAGCCCAGAAUGUGGGAUGCACAAACAGGUAGACGAGAAUAAGCCGUUGGAGAAUAUAGAACAGCCUGAUAAAAGCAUUGAUCACCGCACUAGAACAUACACCCUGCAGAUUGAUGCUGCAGACUCUUUAGGCUUGAAAGUUUUGCUUGGGUCCACCGCAGAGAGCGCGCUCCGCGAUCUUUUCUUCUCCAUUUCUACUCUAGUGCACUCCAAGAGUCUGGACAUAAAUAUUUUAAAAAAAUACUUGACAGAAAAAAAACUCUACACUUUGAAUAAAUUGUAUACGCCAGAUGAAGAAAAUAGUACACUGCUCGUGGACUCUGGGCUGAAGCUUGUAUACACAAAAUACCACAACCUUGCAGACCUAGUUGAGAAGGUUGAAGAGCUGGAAAAUAGCUCCAGCGAUAGAGAGCUGAUACUUGACAGAGUUAGCAAUGUACUUACCCAGAACGAGCUGGCAUUGGCUAUUUCUAUCUUUGACAACAUAGAUGAAAUAAAAGAAGAAAAAACAGUACAGAAAGGCAUACUUGAUGCAAUAGAGUACAUAGCGAGCAGCACUGAUCGCUUGAACGGGCCAGAUGGGCAAAAGGUGUUGAAGAUAAACACAGACUUGACUGAGUUUUACGAAGAGUACAUAGAUGGGGAUAGAGGUCUGUAUAGCAUAGUCAAUGGAAGAAAAGAUGAGUUAGUUACACAGAUAAAUAACAAGAAGACAAUUCGAAAGGAAAAGAUAACAGCCCGAGACCAGGCAAUAAAUGAGAAAAAGAGCGAUGCAGUGAUUAACGAGCUAGCCUGCUCUAUCGACAAGCUAGACAACGAAAUAUACUCCUUAGAAUGCAGCGUGAAAAAGGAGCGGCUGCAGCUUGAUAAUAUUAAAGACAACUUGGCAUCUUUGACCAGCAUAAAACAGAUCCAGAAAUACCACAUAGUCAAAAAGAUAGAAGAAGAAGCGCUAAGAAAAGGCGUGAAGACAGAAGUGGUGCUGAAGUUCUUCUUUGUAAGAAUACCUCGAGAAGACCUGGUUAAGAAUCUGCCAAUGUUAGAAAAUAUUUUCGUGGUAGCAAUGGGAGCUAUUGCAGUACUAAUAAUCAUAUCAAGCAUUAAAAAUCUAGUGGGCAGCAUAAAGACUGGUCUUCUAAAUUAG